AUGCAUGCCAUGGGUUCACUAGCCUCGCCCCUGAAGCGCAACGCCAGCCAAACCUUUGAGGCCAACCAUGAUGAGCAGGUUGACAGGCACGUGGCACUCGACCUUGGCCGUAACCCAACCGGCCCGGCUCGCUUUAUCAAGAAGCCCCAGCCCAAACUCUUCUAUCCUGAGGCAAUGGCACGAGACGCGAUGAGAGGUGAACUUGUCUACACUCCCGACCUCAAACCCAUGAUGGACUCCAUUGUUCGCGAUAUGCGAUCGACCAGUCAAACCGUCGGACGUCACCUGGGUUCCAACAUCCACUACUCCAAAAUGAAGAGCAUCUUGAAGCAGAGCCAGAGAGCCAUGAUCACCCUGGACCGAUACCUCUUAUCUGAGGCCUUCAUCCGGACCGACAUCUGGAUGACCAACCGCCUGCAAGAGUUCUUUAAGCUGGUCCACUUGUAUGGUCUGGAGAGGGAGUUCCGCGAUGAGUACUGGGAGAAGAACCAGCAGUCUCACCCAUCCAAGAUCCAGAAGCUCUACGACUCCAUCGAGCGGCCUCUCACCCAUUCCGCCUUGGACGAAGCACUUGCUGAUCAGAUUACAAACUGGGCAAAGGACAUCAUGAGUCGUUCCGUUUACGUCCCUCGAGCCGACCACCCUAUCAUCCGCAGCGCUGUCGCCAUCAUGAACAUGGCGGAGCAGCAGCCAGACAUGCUCCAAGAGACUCCUAAGCGUGUCGCCCAGAUCUGGGCUGCCUGGUGCCUCGCACGCGACAAAUGCUGGGCUGAGACCACGUACCUCGCUGCCAUCAUCCUGGAUCGCGGAGCCAAGAACCAGAUGGUGGCCAAGUGCUUCCGCCGCGAGAACAGCGCCUUGCUGAACCUGGUUGAUAAAGGCUACGACGAAGAGGCUUGCCGUCGUUGGCAAGACAUGCACGGCAAGUGCCACGUCAUCCCCAUGCCCGAGUUGCUCUCACGCCCCGUUGUUGCGAGCCUCCUCCGUGCCUCUCCCUCAUCCCUGAGCCUGCAAAGGACCUUUUCUUCUGCCUCGCAGCUUCAGAAGACUGCCCGCAUGGCCAAGAAGACAGGCAAAACCCUCACCAAAGUAGUUCCCUCCAAGGUCAAGGAGCUUGGCUCGUCAUCCAAGCACCAACUCUCUCCUAUCCGGCCGUCAUCUGGCCAGCAUAGCCCCUCCAUUCGCAGAUUGAGCGAUGUCGACUCCACCUCACGAUACCGUACCCCGGCAGACAUGGUUCGGCAUCUUCAAAUCCAUGGCGAUUCCCGUCCCAAAAAAGGCCACAACGAAGAGAUGGAGCGGCGUCCGUCCGAGUACAGCAAGAAGCCUGACCACCCCGAGGCGGAUCAGCCUCGGACCAAAAAGCGCAAGACCACCACCACCCCUUCGAGCCCCGUCAGCCCCCUUCGACUACAACGUGAGAUCCGACAUGGCGCAAGUCCCGCUCCGUCUCCAGCGACCCCAAUCGCUCCCGCCGCGGCCGCCGGUUCCACCACUCCCAUUCCAGCUGCUGUGCCCAGUCCCGCUCUUAUUCCUUCCAAGGCCCCUUUGGACAUGGCUCCAAUUCCUGUGGCUGCAAUGUCGGCACCCGCCCCCAUGGCUGCAACGUCGGCAUCCACCCCCAUGACUACGAUGUUGGCGCCCAUCCCCGUGGCUACAAUGUCAGCGCCUCCUCCGACGCCUACCGAUCCAACCAGUCAAUGGAGCAACCAGCCGGUCAGCGCCGAUGAUAUCGCCACUUUAGUCGCCAUGAAGCUCCGCAGCGGCCCCUCUGGCCUCCCUUUCACUAGUCAGCCCGUCGCCACCAAGGCGGAGUACGAAUCCAUCGAGGAGACCUGGACAAAACUUGAGGCCCGUCUUGAGAAGAAGAUUUCCCCUUUGAUUCGACAACUUGAUAGCCUAACUAGCGAAGUCAAAGCUCUCGGCGACAAGCAAACGGCACUUGAGCAGACCCUCGCAAAGCAUGCCGAUGACCAGCACAAGUCUCAGGACAAGCAGGUCGCUCAUGACGAGAACAUAACGAAGAAGGUGGAAACCCUCACCCAGCUCAUCGACGACCAGCAGACUGCUUUGAAGCAGGCUGUUAUCAAGAUGGACGAUCAGUACAUUGCCGUCAACAAAAGGCAGACCGCCUUUGAGCAGACCAUUACCGACCAGGUGGACAGCCUGUCUCAACUGGUUCGGACAUUACAGAAGGACAAAGAGGAACUCAAAGCCAGGGUCGAGCGAGGGCAGAAGAAGCGCCGCAGAUCUCCGGUGAACGAUAAGACAGCAGACUCCAUCACUUGCGCCCCCUUUGGGGAGGUGGCGUCCGCUGCCGGAAGCAAGUGCGACUAA